UCGUCUUCUCUCCGCAGUGAUGGUGCAGAAGCAGCACCACAAGUCCAACGCCAAGAAACAGCCCCACGUCAAAAAGCAGGGAAGCAAGCGGAUAACACGCAGUUCCGAGCUCAGCUUGAUGCUCUGGGCCUGAAAAUUGUCCAGGUGACUGCAGAUGGUAAUUGCUUUUUCAGGGCCCUUGCAGAUCAGUUGGAAGGCAAUGAAGAAGAACAUGGGAAGUACCGUAGUAUGGUUGUUCAGUACAUAUUGAAAAAUCGUGAAAUGUUUGAACCAUUUAUUGAGGAUGAUGCGCCAUUUGAGGAGUAUUGCAAAACCAUGGACAAUGAUGGCACGUGGGCUGGUCAUAUGGAAUUGCAAGCAGCUUCUCUUGUUACACGGAGUAACAUUAUUCAUCGGAACAUGUCACCUCGGUGGUACAUACGCAAUUUUGAUCAGCCUGGUGCUCGUAUGAUCCAUUUAUCUUAUCAUGAUGAGGAACAUUACAACAGUGUGAGGUUGAAGGAAGACACUGGAGAUGGGCCAGCUAGGCCAAUUACAAUCAAGGCUGAUUCUAAUCUCUCGUCAUCAUCUCGCCAAGCAACUGGGUCAAAGAAGUCUAAAUCAGGAGCUGGUAAGGAUAUUACUGAUGCUGGAUCCAUCAAGCUAGUCAUGGCUGGAAGUGGUUGUGAGAACAUUGAGAAAGUUGAGCAGACAUUGCUGCAAAUGUAUGGGAUGUUGAUGCUGCCAUAG